AUGGACGAAUUUAUCAAAAUUGCCUACUCAAUCCAAAAGACUAAAGCCAUGAUCAACGCAAUUUUGGAUUACCUCAAAUCCGGAAACGUCAAUCCUGACGGAACGGUCAGGAAAUUGUACUCCGCUUACACUUUGGAUGAGUUGACUUCCAUGGGCUUGCUUGGAAGAGUGAAGAUCUCAGACUGGAGAAUGGAAAUCUUCACUUUGACUUUCACUCUUUUGUUUGUCAUCUUCUUUAAAGGUGGUGAUUGGUACAACUACAGCAAGGUGUCUGCUUUUCUUACUGGUGUGAAGGACGUCUUUGAAGACAACUUUGCCCAGUUCGGUAUUGGAAAUGGCAAAUUGUAUGUCAAGGAUAGUGCUGAAUCUUACUCCUCCUACGCUUCUGGCCGUGAAAACAUUGAAAAGGUUAACAUUUCUUUCAAGUUGGCCCCAAGACAGAACAUCUUCUUGUGGAUCAUGGAGAGUGGAUUCAGUUUCUUCACUGACUCUGUUCAAGCUCCAAAGGAUAAAGUGGAGAUUGUGGUUACCCCAUCUGGUGACUACGAGAACUUCAUCAGUGCUAUUGUGUCUAAAUUGGGUAUGAGUGACUUCAGAAAGUUCAACUACUUUUUGGCUUUGACCAAGACAAGUGACUCAGAGAAGUUGCCUGAAUCUUUUGUUUUCAUGAGUGAAGCUAACGAAUUCCACGAGAAGACUUUCACUGACAAGUUCGCUUCCACAUUGAACUUGGGCUUGGCUUCAGUCGUGAGAUUCCUUGCUUUCACUGACCAGCCAAACGAAAAGCCAGAGAUUGUCCGUCAUUUGGCUCCUCAGCGUAGGGUUAUUUUGUCCUUGAACUUGCCUACUGGCAAGCAGGAGUUGAAGGAGGUUUCUGACCUUCUUGCUGGUAUCUUUGACGUCAUUGACCAAUUGUCUGAGAAGAAGAUCACUUUCAGACCAGAGGCAGUGAAGAAGGUUGUCAAGAACAGAGAGCUUGAGAUCCAAAAGCUUCUCAAGAUCGAAGAGGAGCUCAAGAAGGAGGCUGAGGCUGAAGAGAAAGCUAAGGUCAAGAGACAAGAGAGAGAAAAGUUCAGAAACUUGUCCAGAGAUGAACAGUUGAAGGCAGAGAAGAAGGCCCAGGACAAGAAACAGAGAAAGGCUCAAAAGAAGAUGAAGGUCAGAGGUUGA